UAAAAUGAAGUCAAUUUUAGCUUUAGUAGCUCUUAUUUUCGCGUUUCAAUGUUACGCAACCCCCAUCGAUAAUAAUCGUGUCAUUAAUGGACAUGAUGCGGAACCUCAUUCUGCUCCUUUUAUCGUUUCAAUGCAACUUGCAAGUCGCGAUGGACUCACGAAGAAAACUCGUCAUCGUUGCGGCGGAAGCAUUUUAAACGAAAAUUGGGUCUUGACUGCUGCCCAUUGUGUCGUCAAUGUUCCGGAAAACUCGUGGUUGGAACUUUUUGCGGGCAGACACGAUUUGCGCUUGACUGAGGAAGAGGAAAAUGGUCAAAGUCGCAAGUUGGAGAAGAUUAUCGUGCAUGAGAGAUAUGUUACGCGUGAUGAUGAGCCUUAUGACAUUGCUCUUGUGAAGGUCGUGAAACCAUUUGAAUUCACGGAAAAUAUUAAAACGAUUCGUUUGCCGGGUGCCAAUGAAACGCAAGAAGGUGACUCGAAACUUUUUGGCUGGGGAAGCAUUUCGACGAAUUUGACGUCGAUUCUUCCGCCUAUUUUGCAGACAUCCGACUUGCCACUUAUUCCAUACGACGUUUGUGAAGCAGUCAUGAAUGGCUUAGGCUUAUCGCCGAUGCAUCCAACAUUCAUUUGUACCGGUCCUUUGCUCGGAAAUGGAGGCGCCUGCUCUGGCGACAGCGGUGGUCCCUUAGUUCAAUACAAAGCCGAUGGCGAACCAGACUUGAUCGGAGUUGCUGCUUGGGUCCCAUUGUUGCCAUGCGGAUCUCCCAAUGCUCCAACAGCCUUCACCAAAGUUUCCUUCUUCAUCGAUUGGAUCAACGAAAAUAUGCGAGAAUAAGAGUUGAGUCAUGAUUUCCGUGUACGUCAAUUAUUUCAAAUGUUCAUAAAAACAAGACAUCCGACAACAAUAA